UUCACAAAAAGUUCUCACGACUAAUGAACAACCCGAGCGUGAAUUGAAUAUCCCAAAAAUGGGAGUAUUAAAUGUUCCCCAAAACAAUGAAAAUACUCAAUUGCAGUCACCAAGCUCAAAAAAAGUUCUUUUCACGGCUAAUGAACAACCCGAACGUGAACUAGAUAUUCCAAAAACGGGUGUACUGAAUAUUCCUCGAAACAACGAAGAUGACGGAGGGUGGAAACCGAGUACAUCUAAACAAAAUCAAUCUGAUGUCAUGAGUAUCAAUUCAUCUAUCCAUACCAUUACUUCAUAUGUUGACGAAAAUGAAAACGAAAUAGACCCUAAUACCAUUGACCCAAGAACAUCGGAAGUUGUUAGGCGAGCAUCUAAAGUUACCAGCGUUCAUAGUCAAAUAGAAUACGUGGACGAGGAUGGUAAUCUUAUAGAUCCAAAAAGGAUUGUUCCCAGAGCAUCAGAUAUCAUUAAUGAUUAUAGUCAGAUAGAAUAUGCGGACAAAGAUGGUGAUCAUACAGAUCGUUAUACAAUUGGUUCUAGAACAUCCAAGGUUGUCAGCGUUCACAGUCAAAUAGAAUACGUGGACGAGGACGGUAAUCACAUAGAUCCAAGUACAAUAAACCGUAGAACAUCUAAGGUUGUUAGUGUUCACAGUCAGAUAGAAUACGUGGACGAGGACGGUAAUCACAUAGAUCCAAGUACAAUUGACCGUAGAACAUCUAAGGUUGUUAGUGUUCACAGUCAGAUAGAAUAUGUGGACGAGGAUGGUAACCAUGUUGACCCAAGCAAUAUUGACGGUAAAAGUAUUACAUCCUUUGAUACUGGCAGCGAACUUCUUUCUCCACGAUAUCGAAAGACGAGAAUGAUGUCAAUAAGCUCGAGAAAAUCAGUAAUAAGUGAGAUCAAGAGUGAGAUCUCAUAUGUAUACGAAGGAGACGAGAUUAAUCCAGAAGAAAUUAGUGCGGGCAAUCGAAUUGAAAUUGAUAGUAUCCAAGAAUAUAUUUCGGAACUUGCUGAAGAGGAGACGGAAGGAAUUGAGCAUAUUGCUGGUCCAUCCAAUUCACGCGAAGAAGAUUCCGGUGACAAAAGUAAAAAAAAAUCAGCAUUUAAAAAAAUCUUUGAUUUUGGUAAAAAAUAA